ACUGCGUUCGUCUUGCCUCACAUCCGUGUAGCGUGUAUAAAUGUGGCCGUUAGGUUAACCACGGUCAAACCUGUCUAGGUACGAUACUUCACCUGAACGUUUACCUGUAGUGCUAGACAAUCACGUCAUAAUGAAAUCUAUUUUUAUAGCCGUUUUUCUGCUGGCGGCGAUUGUCUUGUGUAAAGCAGGUUCGCCAGAUUUCCAGAGAUAUUGCUCUAGCUGUAGACCAGAAGACGACUUCUGUAACCUGAUGUGUAAGGGGAAACAACCUAAAGAGCCGGCAGCAACCAUCGUUAAACGCCAGACAAAGUGCUCACAGUGCCAUAAGCUGGACACCUAUUGCAGGAACGCAUGUGUGUUCCAUAUGAACGGCUGUCUACAAAUCUGUCAACAGUGGCGAUCCUGGGACAUGAACUGCCCCGUCAAGUGCAGACGUGAAUUCUCUACCAGCAGAUAAAACAUUUUUGUAUGGGUAGACGCGGCUUUGUCCAGAGCUAUCAAGAUGUCAACAUAUUAGUAUGGGACUCUGACAUAGACUAUCAGUUUAUUAGAAAAUGAGAAACUCUAGAAAUUGAUGUGUUAGAAUUUUACUGACUUAUAAUUCAUCUAUUAGAAUGUGACUAACUCAAGAAAUUAAUCAAUUAGAAUUUGACUGAAUCAAGAAAUCAAUAUAUUAGAAUUUAACUGACUCGAGAAAUCAAUAUAUUAGAAUUUAACUGACUCGAGAAAUCAAUCUUUUAAAAUGUUAAAAUAAAUGGAGUUAUCAUAUAUAAACAUUUUGACCUACACUUUUAAAUACUAUGGACACUAUUAUAACUAAUACUUUUAUUUCUUUUGAAACAUAGUUUUAAAAUGAAAAUUGUUUUAUUUAUAUGUUUAAAACGUAUUUGUUCAUAAAUUUUAUAUUUUAUUGCCGUACGCACUUUUAAAUUAUUUGUUUU